AAAGCUCUCUACAAUGCACUGAUCUAUACUGCACAUGCACACGCGUGUGAAGUUGUAAAUAUCGAGCGCGUAUUGUAAAUAUCAAGAAGAUGAUUAAGAAGAUUAAGAAGUUGAAACGUAAGAAGAAAUUCAAUCCGAAUGUGAAUCGAAAAAGGCUACGAAAUAAGUUACAAAAAUUGCCGAUUAUCUCGUGCGAUCCGAUAAAAAAAGCAUGGACGAACACGAAAUCUACGCGAAUUAAUUUGAAAGAAAUGGGUUUGGCGUAUGAUGCAAACGAAGCUGUACAAAUUCCCAAUGUGAAGCGUGAAAUGUUGGAGGAGGCCAAAAGAAUAGUUAGAGAAGAUGAUAGUUCGUCGGAUCACGAAGCUGAAGAUGCGACUCCAAUAAAAAGUCACGUGAUGGAAAAUUUGGAAGCUGAAACGAAAGCACCUCGAGAGCGUCGUUUCAGUUUACCGAAAGGAGAGGCACAAUUUUUGACUUAUUUGAUCAAAAAAUAUGGCGAAGAUUACGAAGCAAUGUCAAGAGAUAAGAAGAACCAUUAUCAGUUAACCUGGAAACAAAUACGAGCCAAAAUAAAAAUGUUUAAAGGUAUUCCGGAGCAGUAUAACAAAUAUCUUCAAAAUGACAGCACAAAAUUAAACUCGUAACUUAAAUGUAAGUAAUAUAUCUUUAGAUUGAAUUUGAUGCUCUGUAUAUAUAAGUCAAUGACUUAAACUAAAUAUUGUUAUAAUCUCUGCACUAAUUUGAUUAAAAAAAAUAAAUAAAUAAGAGGUUAUAUAUAAAA